AUGGCAGAUCCAUACGCUUACAACUCAAACUCAACUACGCCGAGCGGGGUUGGCUACUAUCCCCCAGAGGAUCAGUCUCAGUACCCGGCAUAUGGUCAUCAGCCCUAUGGAACCCAAGAGCCGCACUAUAACCCGGGAUCAGAGCAUUACCAGCCCAGUCCAAACCCAAACCAAGCCUAUGCUCCACAGCAAAGUUCCUACCACCUCGCGCCUGAUCCAUAUGGAUCCUCUAUGGAGAGAAGCUAUACGCCGACAGGGCAGCCAGACUAUCUUGGGCCGGUGACUCCUACAGAGCACCAAAAUACGCAAGACAGAAUCCCCGAAAAUGCAGGAUACUAUAACAACCAUCCAGCCGACCAACCACGGUACGUACCCUCCACAAGUCCCCACCCACCCGGGGUGUAUGUAUCGGAGCCAGAAGAUUCGCAGCACGAUGGAAUGGGCGAGCAACGCUCCGAUACAGACACCGACGCUGACCGGGGUGUGGACCGUGGACUCGGGGGUUCGCUCGCUGGUGGCGUGGCGGGCUAUUACCUCGGUCAUAAGAAGGAACAUGGCUUGCUGGGUGCGAUUGGCGGUGCUCUCCUCGGGAACUUCCUGGAGGACAAGGUGAAGGAUCACAAGAAGCAAGACGAUGAUAGUCAAGAUGAGAAUGGGCAUGAUCACAUGGGCACUCUCACAGUAGACACUCUCACAGCGGGCACUCUCACAGCGGGCACUCUCACAGCGGGCACUCUCACAGCGGGCACUCUCACAGCGGACACUCUCAUAGUUCCCAUCGUAGCAGCCAUUCGAGGCACCACGAUGAGGAUGAAUACUGAGUAA